AUGCAUCUCGAGCAGAAGCGGCUAAUGCUUCAGCUUCCGACCGUCCUCCUCCCCCUCCUCUUCUCCUCCCUCCUCCCCUCUUCCACCUCGGCCGCAAACACAUACAACCUCCCAUCAUGCUAUCUCGAGUGCGGUAGAAACCUCACCGGCAGCCUCGCCUGCGACCUCAGCACCGGCACCGACUGCGACUGCACCUCGAGCUCGUUCCUCGACGCCCUCGGCUGCUGCAUCGUCGAGAACUGCUGGACCAGCCACCGCACCGCCCAGUUCCGCAUCCCCUGCCAGGAUGGCUACGUCGACGCCUCGUGCCCUGCCAACGUCGACGUCGAGAACUCGUCCACGGGGCCCGCGACGGGGACGGCCACCAAGAUGAGCAUCCAGGCCCUCGACAUCGUCACUUCCACCACCCUAAGCACCGUCACCAGCUCGUCACAGGCCAGCACCGUCAAGGUCCAGACCAAUACCAACACCGCGACGGGGGCCACCGCGACCGCCGACUCCUCCAACAGCGGCUCCGACGACAAGUCGGGCGUCAUCGGCCUCGGCGUCGGUCUCGGCCUGGGCAUCCCCGCCCUCCUCCUCGCCAUCUUCCUCGUGGCCUACUACUACCGCAAGACCAAGAAGGCAGAGCUCGAGUCGGAGCGCAGCAGCCGCUCGCGCACCCGCGUCGGGGGAACCAAGUCCGGGCGGCCCUCGUCCCCCAGCACGCUCGUCGGCUCGGCCGCCCAGCCCGCGACGGAGAAGGGCGGUAGCGUCACGCACCGCAAGAAUAGCGUCAAUGCUAGAUCGGCCCGCGCGGGCCGAGACACGGCGCUCAUGAGCGAGCUCCCCGGGUGA